AGCUUGCGGAGGCGGCUCCAGAUGUCACUGCCGCACCAAGUCAAUGGAGUGUUGAUGGCUCGUGAUUGACCUGCUGAAUUUCCACUGAUUUCUACACUUCCUCACCCUCCUGCGGACCUCCUCUUGUCCAGAUCUGCAUGAGGUCGGCUGACUGAGGAAGAAAUGGCCACAACUUUUGAGGCCGCCAAGAAUGGUAUCCUCACAAACGGCAAUCACGUAGACCUCAAGUCUGGCCAGUACGGCCUCCAGCAGAAUGCGCUCAAAGAAGAGACGGCGGAGACUGAGCCCACCAACGGAGACUCGGCCCAGCCUGAAGAAGAUGUUCCUGAAAUUGACAUUGAAAUCAGCAAUGUGGUGUGCAGUUUUAGUGUCAAGUGUCACCUGAACCUGAGGGAAAUAGCCCUCAAAGGAACCAACGUAGAGUUCCGUAGAGAACAAGGGAUGGUGACAAUGAAGCUGCGACGGCCGUACACAACUGCCUCAAUCUGGUCGUCGGGCAAAGUGACUGUGACAGGUGCGACUACAGAGGCGUGCGCUCAUAUUGCGGCCAGGCGGGUUGCUCGCCAACUCCAGAAAAUCGGAUUCAAAACCAGAUUUUCACACUACCGGGUGGUCAAUGUGCUCGGCUCCUGCACUAUGCCUUUUAACAUUAAGAUUGCACAUUUCUCAGAGCAGUACAGGAAUCAAGCUAGUUACGAACCAGAACUCCAUCCAGGAGUCACCUUUAGAAUAAAAGAACCUCACAAAGCAACUUUAAAGAUAUUUUCCACUGGAAGCAUUACCAUUACCGGUGCUCCAAGUGUGGCAGCUGUGCAGUGUGCAGUUGAGCAGAUUUUCCCAUUGGUGCAGCCGUUCCGAUCCGAGCGCACUGCUGCACAAAUCGAGAAAAUGGAGAGUAGGGCAGAACUGAAACGACUGAGGUCAGCCGGUUACUCAAAACCAACCAAAAAGCUGAAGACGGAGAUUGAUUCAGAGGACGAUGAUGAGGAGGAGGAGGAGGAUGAAUCUGAAGAGGAGGACGAUGACUAAUUUGUGAUUGACUGUUUCCAUCAAUGAAGGAGUGCGCAAGUGUUUCGCAUGUCUACGCUGAGCUUACCCUCUCCUUGCGUUAGAAUCUCAGAUUUGUCGAGUGCAGUGCCUACUGGAGUGGGGCCUCCCUCUGAGGCGGAUUUUAAUUACUUUUAACUAGCUCUGGAUUUUUAAUUUGCCAAAAUAUUUGUUUUUACAAAAGAAAAUGUAGGUUUACAUGGAAAGCUUCAGAGCCUGAUCAGUAAUGAAAUUCAAAAUCUGUCAGGGGAAGAAAAGGAGGCUCUUGGCUUUGAGCUGACAAUGGCAAUACCGAAGGAAAAGUAAUACAACAACCCACCGGCUGUACAACUUAAGAGACACGGGAGUAACAAUACUAUUGUAAAAAGUAAUGAACACCAGCCUUCGAUUUUCUUAAUUUAUUAUUUGCUCUUGUUCCUGUGCAUUCUCAUUAGUUUGUUCUGAAUUUGCGCCUUUGGGCAGAUCACACACAUACUAGUUCAUUAUUUCAAAAUAAGUCAUUUGUGUACAGACGAUUGAGCGAGUGACCCCUUCCUAAGUAUGUAGCAUACUUGAAUCAAAAUAAUGCAAAUUGUGUGGCGCAUCGGCAAUACAAAAUAUUAAAAAUGCAUUUUAUGGUAAAAAAAUGUGCCCAAAAAUUUGUCCCCAAGACUCGAGAACGUGGAGCUACUUUUUUUCUAAAUAUUUCUUUUCUGCCUUAUUUGCAGGCAAUCAUUGAUAUGCCCAAUUUUAAACAGGGCAGUGUUUUAAUUUUUUUUUAAUCUGACACAAGGCCAGGCUCCAAUUGCAACUUUUUGCUCACACUUGUACUCUUUUGUUUGCGAAUCAAUUCACCAACAUGAAUGAGGUAGCUGCUGCUGCUGCAUAUAUUGUGAAGAAACCAGUUUUGUAUUAACUGGAAACUGCAGAAACGCAUUUAAUUUUAGUUGAGACCUAGACUUAAAAUUAAAAAAUAAGAGACAAAAAAUGAAAAUAACUUGAUUCACCUAUAUUACAUAUGUUCAUCGUCAUGCAAGAGUUAUCAUUGACAGCAGAAUCUGAUAUACAAUGUUUUUGUUUUUGCGCGCUCUGAUCAUUAAAAUGUAUGUUUCUUCAAUACCUGUGCUUCAACUGUUAAUAUUUAUAAAUGCAUUCAUACCUUUUCCAAUUGGUAUAAUAAAUUGUAAGUGAUUUUUUAAUCGAAUAAAAAGCAAGAAUCAGCUUUCAA